AUGGUGAUCAGCCAAAGCAAUGCACGGUUAAUCAGACAAGACUUUGCCGAUGACGAUUUUGAUCAAGACUUAUUUGAACAAAAACGAGAUGCACCAACGAACAACAGAUGUACAAACAUUGUUAAAGGCCAAGAUUCGAAUGGUGGUGAUAUAAAUGCUGCUUAUCCAGCAAACGUUGUCAGUGCUGCUGCUUGUGCUGCAUUAUGCGAAUUAUUUCCCACUUGUGAUCACUGGACAUUUAACGUAAAUAACGGCAAAUGUUGGGUCAAAGAUAAACCGUCACAAAUGCAAACCAAUUCUGCUGUGUAUACAGGCAGUUGUACCAAGUCGAAAUAA